GCGGGAGCGGCCGGGACGCUCGAGUCGGCACCGGUGCGUGGCAGGCCGCGCGCGGGAACCUGCGGACCGCACCGCGGUAACGUUCGUUCCCCGCCGCUGGGAUCUGGGCUCCUCGGGCGGAGCCUCCUGGGAGGAAGAGGAGGGGAGAAAAAAACGCUCUUCCCGAGCCCCGGCCCAAGGCGAGCGGUGAAAGGUGCUGAAGCUUCGGUAGGCCCACUCGGUGACCUUCGGGGGCUGGUCCCCCUGAAGAGCCGCGGCCCGCGCGGGGGGCGCCCGGACGCGAGUGGCCGCGGCUGGCGCCGAUCCCCGGGGGCGUUACGGCGCAGCCUCUGAGUUCCCCAGGUCACAGGAGACCACUGGCAGGGGCCACCUCCCACAACUUGAGAUGGCAUCUGUGGACUUCAAGACCUAUGUGGACCAGGCCUGCAGAGCUGCUGAAGAGUUUGUCAAUGUCUACUACACCACCAUGGACAAGCGGCGACGGCUCCUGUCCCGCCUGUACAUGGGCACAGCCACCUUGGUGUGGAAUGGGAAUGCUGUUUCAGGACAAGAAUCCUUGAGUGAAUUUUUUGAAAUGUUGCCUUCGAGUGAGUUCCAAAUUAAUGUCGUAGACUGCCAGCCUGUUCAUGAUGAAGCCACACCAAGCCAAACCACAGUCCUUGUGGUGAUCUGUGGAACAGUGAAGUUUGAGGGCAACAAACAACGGGACUUCAACCAGAACUUCAUCCUUACUGCCCAGGCCUCACCCAGCAACACAGUGUGGAAGAUAGCCAGUGACUGCUUCCGGUUCCAGGACUGGGCCAGCUAGUAGGGGCAGAAGGCCUCUUGGCUUCAGUGACAGCUCUGUAGAGAAAUUUGUCUCAAAUCUCAGGAUGUGAUAAACACAAGUUCAGUUCUGUCUCUGCAGCAACACUGCAGUCCACACUGUGCUGAAGUUGAAUUUCGUGUGUGUGGUAUGUGUGUGUGGAUCCUAGCACCCCUUUUCCUGAGUAUAUACUCAUUUGUCAUAGUUGCCUUUUAAAAGUAGUAAACUUUUUCUAUUUUUCUACUUAUCCAGUAGAGACAUUGAUUUGGAAAUUCUGACAAAUAAAAAGUAUACAAAUGUUG